AUGGUUCAGCGUUCAGGAGUUAAGCGUCCCAUACACGGAACGAUUUAUCGUCAAACGCGGCCGCACGGACAGAUUGAUACGUGUAUGGGCUGGUUGGCCGUCGUGUCGUCGUGUCUGGCGGUUGGCGCUCGCGGAGCGUCAACACGACAACCACCGACCUGUCAACAAACAUGUUGGUGCGUGUAUGGUUUGUCGAUGCCAACACUCAACCGCGCGUUUGCGCACACUAUUGUUGUAGAAGUCACUGGGUCCUGA